AUGAAAUGUGAAAUUGAAAAGCUGUGCUGUGCCGAGGUCUUUCUCGAAGAACUGGGUAUGCGCAAACCAGCGGUUGUUGUAUGCGAGGUGAUCGUUGACAAUGAGAAAGCUACGGUUUUCGCCCUAAAGAUCAACUCUGCUCGAUUUAUUCGAAAACGUUUCGAAGACUAUCAUCAGUUCUACCUCAAGAACAAAGUCGAGCUAAAUCUCGUAACCAAAGCCGCACCAAAGAAGAGGUUCUUCCAAGCCAAGGCAAAGCUUAACGAAAAGCGAAAAAAUUGGAUUAUUGUAUUAGUGCGGGAACUGCUUGCCGAUCAUCAUGAAAGUGACAUUGUCCGAGAGUUCCUUGCGUUGCGUGAUGUUGAAGAAUACGACGAUGCCCAUGUUGACCUUGGAGCCAAAGAACAAGCGAUGGCUAAUGCAUCCGAUUUCGAUUUCAUGAGUAUAAUUGGUAAAGGGAACUUCGGUAGAGUAUUUCAAGUUCGCCACAUAGCUACAGGAAAAAUCUAUGCUAUGAAAGUUUUGUCAAAAGAGCAUGUAAGAAAGAAAAACGAGGUGAAGCAUGUGAUGGCUGAACUAAAAGUUCUCAAAUCCAAUAUUCAUCAUCCAUUUCUUGUCUCACUUCACUUCUCUUUCCAAAGCAAGGACAAGUUAUAUUUCGUUCUCGACUAUCUCAACGGUGGAGAGCUGUUCUCACAUCUUCAACGAGAAAAGCGAUUUAGCGAGUCAAGAACUCGUUUCUAUGCUGCUGAAAUUGCAUCAGCACUCGGGUAUCUUCACGAUAAUGAUAUAAUUUAUAGAGACUUGAAGCCUGAGAAUUUGCUACUGGACAGGAAUGGCUACGUAGUUUUGACCGAUUUCGGUCUUUGCAAGGAAAACAUGACGGCAACAUCAACUACGAGCACAUUUUGCGGAACACCAGAGUACCUUGCUCCGGAAAUCGUGCUAAGGCAAGCCUACGGUAUUUCCGUUGAUUGGUGGUGCCUAGGCUGUGUCCUGUAUGAAAUGCUAUUUGGCUUACCCCCAUUCUAUGCUCGGGAUCAUAAAGAAAUGUACAAAAGAAUUGUGAGCGAUCCUGUAAAGAUACGACGUAAUGUAUCCCCAGCAUGCAAAGAUCUCCUAGACUCGCUACUGAAAAAAGAAGCUUCGAAAAGACUCGGUACCAAAAUGGACCUAAAAGAGAUCCGUGAUCAUCCAUUCUUUCUGCCCAUCGACUGGGACAAACUACUACGACGCGAAGUGAGGGCUCCAUUUAUUCCGUAUGUCGAAAAUGAUAUGGAUGUAAGGAAUAUCUCGAAAGAGUUCGUGAAAUUGAAAGUUAAUCCAGCAUCUCUGAUUCCGCAAAAUACUGCCACCACGCAUUAUGACCACGAUUUUGCCGGCUUUACAUACGUGCAGAGCAUCAAUGUAAACUGAAUUUGCCGGAUUUAUAUGAAACGAAAACGCUACCGAAUUCUCAAGGUUUUCAUUGUAGUCAACAUAUAAAUGAAAAAAAAUCAUGCUUCAAACACUUACCUCAUAAUCUAUUUAGCGAAAA